UAAACACAUUGCGAAAGCCUUAUAAACACGGCCCUGAGAACAAGUUUAAGAUUUCGCCGACAGUUCGUUCCUGGAUAUCUGCCAGGACACAUAUAUCUUACAUCUAUACAGUUAAUUUAAAUUUAUCUUUGCUUUUAUUCGAUAAUUGAUCUCGUGCUGGACUUUGCUUGAAUGGGGGGAAAAACAAAUACAUUUAAAUAUAAAUACAUAUAUGAUAAAGUACAGUUGUUACAUAGCCGAUCGAUCGUUGCAAACGUCUGUAAUUAGAAUUUCAGAGAUAAAAGUGGGUUGUGAAUACUGGCCAUUGAUUUUUCAUCACUGUUGUCUGAUAUCUGAUCGCUAACGAUCGAUAAGUUAUCAGUGUACACGUACCUCGUCACUUUCAUACAUUUUUAAGGUUCAUCAUGAAUGCAUUUAAUAUCAUACAAAUUUUGUUAAAUAUAUUGCGAGUUACAUUGCAAGUUCUUUACUACAUCUGCCAGAGCGUGUACUACAACUUCUUCGGAUUAGAAGAAAAGAAUGUGAAUGGUGAGAUUGUUUUGAUAACAGGUGCAGGUCAUGGUAUAGGAAAGGAGUUGGCGAUUCAAUACGCGUGCUUAGGUGCGAAAGUCGUAUGCUUAGACAUAAACAAGCAAGCUAAUGAGCAAACAGCAAAGGAGAUUAAAGAAAUUGGCAAAGAUGCAUAUGCAUAUGAAUGUAACGUGACUAAAAGAGAAGAUGUUUUUGCAGUAGCCAAAAGAGUAAAGGAAGAAGUCGGUGAUGUCACAAUUUUAGUUAACAAUGCCGGCAUAAUGCCAUGCCAUGCUUUUUCAGAUCAUAUGGUUGAUGAAAUCAUACAAAUGUUCAAUAUUAAUGUGUUAGGACACUUUUGGAUGUUGCAAGCAUACUUGCCAAGUAUGAUGAAAAGAAAUUAUGGUCACAUUGUUGCGUUGUCAUCGAUAGCAGGCAUUGUAGGAUUUCCCAAUUUAGUUCCUUAUUCCGCUACAAAACAUGCAGUUCUAGGUAUGAUGGAAGCGCUUGAGGACGAAUUACAUAUAUCUAAUAAGGGAAAAUCUUUAAUCAAAUUCACUACUAUCUGUCCUUAUAUGGUAGAUACAGGACUUUGCAAAAAGCCAAAAAUUAAUAAAAUGUUGGAAAUAUUUUUACAACUAAGCUCACCGAAAGAUGCAGCUGCACAAAUAAUUAAAGCUCAACGACAAAAUAUAAAAAUAAGAUCUAUACCAUCAUUUUGGUUUCCACUCAUAAAACUUAUUAGGAUUUUACCCGAAAAUGCACAAAUUGCUAUAAAAGAUUUCAUUGAUACUGGCCUCGAACCAGGAUAA